AUGGAAGGCGAGUUAAAACCAGUUAAGGUAAAGGCAUUGCAGGUAAUAGGUCAACCCGCAUUACAGACACACUACACCGCUGGCGACGAAUUGGUCGUCAUAGAUCUGUUGGACCGGUUCAGUCAUCUUGGCAAGCUAUUGCGCACUACUGCAUACAUAUUGCGUUGCAAAAAGGCACAUCAUCGUUUUCGUUCGCAUACACACAUCAGUACAGGCGAAAUGGACAUUGCUUUAAAUCACCACAUCAAGGCAGAACAAGCGAAAUAUUUCGCAGCGGAAAUCAAGCAGCUGAAAAAGGCCCAGCCCAUAUCUACAUCCAGCAAGAUCAUUGCACUGAGUCCAUUCAUCAACUCCACAGCGGACAAUAUAUUGCGAGUAGGCGGACGUCUACAUAAUGCGAGGGUGGCAGAGCCACAGCGUCAUCCAAUCAUUCUUCCGAAGGAUAGCACAUUGGCCAGGCUUUUAAUAUGGCAGGUGCAUCAGGACAUAGCUCGGGUCACCCCAUCUCCACCAUUUGCAAGAUCUGGCUUAGACUAUUGCGAUCCAUUCAACAUACGCAUUGGCUCCAAGGCUGUAAGAACCGUACGGAAGGCUUACGUGGCAAUCUUUGUGUGCAUGGUAACCAAGGCAGUGCACAUCGAAUUGGCUGAAGAUCUCACUUCUGAGGCUUUCAUAAAUGCAUACACCCGUUUCGUAAACCGGCGUGGUCCAUGUAAUCAUUUAUACAGUGACAAUGGCACUACAUUCAUUGGCGCAGAUCGCUUAAUGACCGCUGACUUACAGGCUUGCCAUAAUGAAUAUUCUCAACAGAAAUUGGCAAAUCGAGGCACAAAAUGGCAUUUUCUAUCACCUGGCGCACCUUAUCAAGGCGGUCUAUGGGAAGCUGCCGUUAAGUCAGCGAAGAAGCACUUACUACGCAUUGUUGGCACCCAUUCCAUUUACUAUGAUCAGCUACAUACUCUACUUGUACAUAUCGAGGCUUGCUUGAAUUCACGUCCACUUAUACCUUUGCAUGACACUUGUGACGACAAGAUUGCUCUAUCACCUGCAGAUUUCCUAAUUGGCAGAUCUCUAUUGGCAGUACCAGAUGAACCUAUUGGCAAGGUACCUAGCAACAAAUUAUCAUACUGGCGACAAUUAAGGCAAAUGCAACAGCAUUUUUGGCGACAAUGGCAUGAUGAAUAUCUUUCAACUUUGCAACCACGUUCCAAAUGGCAUCAGAAUGGCGACAACAUCAACAUAGGCGAUGUAGUGGUUAUCCGGCACGAGAAUCUACCAGCAACACAUUGGCGGCUUGGCAGGGUGAUUAAACUUCACCCAGGCGAAGAUGGUAUGGUACGAGUAGUCACGAUCAAGCAUUCAGCAGGCGAAUGCAUGCGACCUAUCCAAAAGAUAUGCAGGCUUGUGGAGCAUCCUGAACGUACCCGUCCAGCCGGGGAGGAUGUUUGA